UAAAAAUUUACAUCGGUAACCUUCCGGAACGAGCAAGACCGGAAGAUAUCAAAGAUUGCUUUUUGAAGUUUGGCACCGUAGUUAACAUGGAACUCAAAGGAAACUACGGAUUCAUUGAAUAUGAAGAACGUCGCAUGUGCGAUGAAGCAAUUAGUCAUCUUCAUGGAUCCGACUUUCAGGGGUCUCAGCUUCGUGUUGAGUUUGCUCACGCCGAAAAGAACGGAAACUUUAAUAAAUUCAGAGAAGCAAAAUCCAGUGAUACAUGUUUUAAAUGCGGUCAAGUCGGUCAUUGGGCACGAGAAUGUACUAGCGCCCCUCGCGAGCUUGUUUCUCGUAAACCAGGUGGUCGAUACGAUGAUCGUCGAAUAGACAGCUAUGUUAGGGAACCAUACAAUGCUAGAGAAAACCGAGAAAAAUACGAUAGAGAUGAAAGGUAUCCAAUUCCACCACCUAUUGAACGUGGAGGAUAUGAUCGACCAUACGAUCGUUAUGGUAGAGAACCUCCAGAGAUGGAAUAUCGAAGAGAAUAUCGCUCCUAUGACAGACCUUAUGAGAGAGAGAGAGAUAGACCUUACGAACGAGGCUAUCCUGAUCGUGAUUACGAGCGUUAUAAUAGAGACAAUUACGAUCGUAAUUAUUAUCCUCCUCCACGAGAUGGUUACGAGCGAGAUGGCUAUGAACGGCGACAAUUGCCACCACCUGAUGUACCAUAUCCUCCUAGAGGCCGAACAGGAUCUCCACUACCACGCCGUGGAAGUUAUGAUAGGGGAUUAAGAGAUGCACCAAUACAACCUGUUUAUCGUGGUCGUUCUCCACCACCACAUUCCCGUUAUGCUGAUCCAAUGAUGGGACCACACCCGAUUAGACCACCAUCUCCUCGCACUGGAAUGUUCAGGCGUCGUUCUAUGAGUCCUAGAGGUGGUAGAGUUCAACCUAUACCCUAUUCAGGGAGACAACAGCGAACACCUAGUCCUGGAGCUAAACCAUUACCUCCAAGGCGAGGACCAAGAACACCAAAUUAG